AUGAAGCGCAAAGCGAGGCAGGUGCCCAUUGUGCAAGCAUUAGCUUGCGGCGCUGCCGCUCGCCAAGUCGUGGAUCUUGAGGAGGCGAGCAAGGAAGAGAGCCACGCCAAGUCGUUUUGUGCUGAUGUAGAGGAGUCGCUGCGGCCGGAGGCCACGCCAGAGCACCUCGCUAAUGCUGCCACAUGCUGCCCGGCCUUGGUGAGUUGGCCACUCCGUCGCCUUCCCGCACAGCCUGCAACUGUGCGAACCGUGCGAGUUGGUGAAACUGGGCGAGCCGUCAGUGUUUCGGAUCAGGAGCUUGCUGCCAUCGCCCCGGUCCAACUCAUCCGUCACGCGCUGCCACAUAAGCUGGCCGACCAGCUUCUGGAUUCACUCCUGCGGGAAUCGGAUUCCUGGAAGGCCAGCUCCUGGAUCGUGCAUGGGAACCAGUUCACAACUCCCCGGACAUCGGCAAUCUACGAGUUCGCUGCUGGCGGGCCCAGUUCGAGCGAAGAUGGCUUUGGCAAGGAGGAAAGUCGAACCAGAUGCGAGCCGUCUGCAACCCUUCAUCGAGCAGCCGUCUUAGUCCAAAGCCUAGUUCGUGAGAGAAGGCCGUUUGCCAACUGGGUGCCUACGCUUGCUUUGGGAAACCGUUAUGAAAAUGGAAGGGCUUGUGUCGGUUGGCAUUCGGAUUUUCUCAAUUCGCUUGGACCACGGCCGAUCAUCGUGGGUCUCUCGCUGGGAUCUUGCCGUCGUUUCUGCCUGCGCCGAAGUACUGCUCCAGAUUCAUCACGUGAUGCCAGCGAGACCAUAGUGGCUUCUAUACCAAUGCCUCACAACACAGUUGUCAUCAUGUGGGACGAUUGUCAGGAAGAGUGGCAGCACUCUGUCCCCAGACAAGCUGAUUCCACUGUUGAGAAGCACGCCGUGGCAGGCCUUGUGCGCUUGUCAUUGACUUUCCGAAUGUCGCGUCCAGAGCUUGCGCAGCAUGGCAAAUCAUGUCACUGUGGCAGGCCGAGUGCGCUUAAAAGCAAAGAAGGACGGUAUUACCUGGCCUGCUGCCCGAUGGGGACUUCCAAACAGUGUGGCUUUUGGGAACCUUGCUCCUGGGCACAGGAGGAGUCAGAGCGGCUGAGGCAGAAGAUGAAGCUUGGGAUGGAAAGCCUCGAGUUCCCGGGAACAGGAGCAGAAAGCCCCCGAUGCUCUCACCGCAGGCAGCCUGGUAUACAGGAGUUCUCGAACUCACGGUCCCGCAAUGAAGCGAGCACGACAUGGAAUGCCAGAUCUGGCAAACCAGAUGUUGCAGACAGAGUUUCUAUCGAAAUUUCAGAUGACGACAUGUGA